AGCCCAACUGUUAAGGACUAUCUGUCAACAGACAUGGCCCCCAAACUAUCAGAGGAGCAGUUCCGGUGCAGCAUCUGUCUUGACAUCUUCAACAACCCCACUUCCAUCCUGUGUGGCCAUAAUUUUUGCCUGGAGUGCCUGAAACACUUCUGGGAUACGAGACACAAGUAUGUGUGUCCCCUUUGCAAAUACACCUUCAAACACCGCCCUGAGCUCAGGAUCAACCUGGUCUUAAAAGAAAUCACUGAUGGCUUCAAAAGGUCUAUGAAAAGCAGGCCGUCCUUCAAGCAACAGCGUUCUGUGACUGACGUUCCGUGUGACGUCUGCAGUGAUGACUCAACAGCGGUCAAGUCCUGCGUCGUCUGCAAGAAGUCUUUCUGCGAGACGCACCUGACUCCUCAUCUCAGGGAUCCAGUUCUGACGAUGCACAGACUGACAGACCCAGGAACCUUCUGUCACCUCUGCAGAAACCAUAACAAGCACUUGGGGAAGUUCUGCAAAGAUGAUCAGAUCCCUGUGUGUGUGAAAUGCACCGAGAGGGACCAUAAGUACCAUAAUAUCGUCCCCAUUGAGAAGGAGAGCAAUAAGGUCAAAAGCCAGGUAAAGAAGACUAACGCGGAGUAUGAACAGAUGAUUGAGACCAGAGUCAAAAAGCAUGAGGAAAUCAAGACGUCUGUGGAGCAGAACAGACAGCAAAAAGCACAGGAGGUACAGACAAGCGUCCAGGUCUUCACCAAAGUGAUAAGCGCCAUCGAGAGAAACCAGGCCCUGCUGAUCGAGGAGAUUGAGAAGAAGCAGGAGGAGGCGGAGAGGAGAGCGGAGGAGAGCGGGAAAGAGCUGGAGCAGGAGAUCCUUGAACUCGAGAGGAGACGCAGCGAGCUGCAGGCGCUGGAGAACAGCGACGACCCACUUUACCUUCUGCAGAUGUUCCCACAACUGAGUUCCCCAUUGGUCACCAGGGACUGGUCGUCGGUCACGUUCCACUCCGACAUCCACAUCGGACAAGUGAGGAAAGCGUUUUCCCAGCUGGUGGAAGUCUGCCAGACACUCGAAAAGAAACUGUUGGGAGAUGAAGUGGACAAGAUAACUCAAUACGCAGUGAAUGUAACUUUCGAUCCUGCGACCGCUGCCGGCUGGCUGAGUCUGUCCGCGGACAGGAAAAAGGUGAGCAUCAGCAACCGGCCGAGGAAACUCUUGCUCCCCAACGAGCCGCGCAGGUUCGACUCAUGCGUCUCCGUUCUGGCGAAACAAAGCUUCACCUCUGGGAGACACUAUUGGGUUGUUCAGGUCGGAGAUAAAACAGAUUGGGAUCUCGGCGUCGCCAGGGAGUCCAUUAACACGAAGGGGGCCAUCACGGUGCGCCCCGACUGCGGUUUCUGGGCCAUCUGCAGGCGCAAAGGUGGCAGCCUGAGCGCCUGUGCCGGCCCCUCCGUCACCCUCAACCUCCAGGAAACGCCUCAGAAAGUGGGCAUAUUCGUGGACUACGAGGAAGGAUCCGUGUCCUUCUUCGACGCGGAGGCAAAGUCUCACAUCUACACCUACAGCGGCUGCACCUUCACCGAGCCCCUCUACCCGUACUUCAACCCGUGUCUCCACGACAACGGGAAAAACACCGCCCCGCUGGUCAUCUGUCCAGUGGAGGUUUAUUACCCUGACCACGAGGCAGUGUUAUGAGCGGGUCAGACUUCCACAUUUGCAUUUCCGUUCUUGCUGUCCAGAAUGAAUUACCUGAGCGAUUUUGGAUAAUCUGGCCAAAUGAUCAAACAGCCGCGAUGGCAGAUUAUUGUCGAACGCCGUCGUUGACACAGCUGACCUCACUUUAGCUGCUCGUUUUGGACGGUGGUCACAGCAUUGGGUCAGAAGCGUAGACUGUGUAUAAAAAAGUCGACGUAGUCUUGUGGUUUGCUGCCUGAGGGCAACCCUGAAAUAAGAAUACAGGAACAACCAAUAGGGGGCGACUCCACUGUUUGCAAAAAGCCUCUUGUUCUCUCUUGGUUUAUGACGUCACUCAACAUUUUCCUGGCUAUUUAAAGGAACGUCAGCAUUGCGGCCGACUUGGACGUGAUUCCUUUCUCGAAGUCGGUCCGUGAGCGACUCCUAGUGGUCCGCGAGGUGACAAGCAUGUAACAUAUCAUGUUUAAAAAUGUAAAAUGUCAGCGUUUUAAUUUCAGUGUUUCUCAAACUGCCUGCGACAUAUAUGUGUUGUUUUCAAUAUCAAACUUGCGAACUUUGGGGCUGUUUUGAGUUAGGUGGUCCGUGAGUGUUUUUUUUUAACGGGUUAACCGGUCCUUGGUCUGAAAAAGUUUGAGAAACACUGUCUAGAGGAUGGGAGUUCAGAUUCUUAUUGGGCGAUGUCAUGACCAGUUAGCUACAAGGUCUUGAAAUACUAAUCGAAGUCUCUUUCUUAAUUUUUUUCUGCAGAAGUGUGUAUUGACACACAUUUUUGGGAUCAUACAUGUAUGUGAGUGGACAACUCAGCCGUGUUUAUAUCGCCGGGGAACGGCUGAAUAUUAUCUCUUAUUUUAACAUACUAUAAAUGUUUGACUUUUUGAUUUUCAUAUACGUGUUUUUACACUCCUGUCCGCGUGGUUAUUUUGAGAACAGUGUGACGUCACACGUAAAAUGUGCGAUUGAUUGUUUUUCCAGUGAAAUACUUGACAUAUUUAAAAGUACUUAGCGAGCCGUGAUAAAUGUGUAUGGGUUGUAUUAUCAUCACAUAAUCCAUCCAUCCAUCCAUUUUCUACUACUUUAUCCUCAAAUCAUGAAAUAAUGUUACUUUACUUAUUGCUCCACUUUAAUCCAAAUGUUUUAUACACUGUAAGAAGGUGACACGUUUUCUCAGGGUGAGAAUUUCAUAUUUUGCACAAACUAAAUAAACUUUGUCAAAACAA